AUGCGUUCCACUCUUUCAACAGGCUUGACGGGCCUUGCCGCCUUGGCAUCUGUUGUCUCCGCGUUCCCAUUCAAGCUGGCAGAAACUGCAAACUGCGCAGCUGUAAGCGGUACAUUCGAAAUCGAGAACUAUAAGCUCUAUCCCGAGAAUUUGGAUUGGGACCCCAUUCACUGCAAGCUCUAUAUAAGUGCCAACUUCAACUCUACAGUCCUUGUCUACGACCCGUACAAGGCAACCUACGACAUCCUCUCUUUCGACGGAAUCACCGGCGUAGACCCUUACCACGUAUCCGGCAUUGACUAUGACGCGACGACCCAGUCCGUUCUCAUUUCCGCCAACAGCGGAGAACCCUUUGUGACUUCCGGCUCGAACAUGACCGGCGGCAACAAGGUCAUCCGCUGGGAUACCAACACAAACUCCGCCGCAUACACGGUCGACCUGGCAGACUUCACGUCCAAGCUGGCAAUCGAAAACUCGACCGGUGGAGGAUACCAAGACUUUGCAGAGGACAAGGAGGGUAACACCUACGUCCCCUCAGUCUUCCACGUACCCGCCAUCGCCAAGAUCACCAAGGACGGCGAACUGUCGAGCUGGUACAUUGGCGAGCCGAGCUCAUCCAGCAAGUACAUGUACCUCGGCAUCAUUUUCCACGAGGCCUCCAACAAGCUCGUCAUCACCGCUCCCUACCUCGGCACCUUUCUCUCCUUCGACGUUGGCUCGUCCAGCCCGGCGCCCACCAACGUCAGCAUGACCUGGCCCACGGACGGCUCCUACACCGCCAGCGACCUCGAGUGCGACGGUCUGCUGAACCCGGCCCGCUACAACCGCGAUGUCCUGCUGUGCUCUGAGAACGGGCUGCAGGCCAUCACUCUGUGGGCGUCCAAGGAUGGCUUCGCUUCGGUAGAGUACAUUGGCAAGGUUAUGGACAACUCGACGACUGAUAUCGCGACGUGGGGAUCGCCGACUGCUACUGUGCAGAUUCAGAACAGCAUUUACAUCUCGCACGAGUACUUCCACGAUCUCAAUGAGUUUGAUGUCGCGGGCAACCGUUCUACAUUCCCGUUUGUGGAUGCCACCGCCGACUUUGACAAGUUGGUUCUGGCUGCUGGUUACAACGUCACUGACUGCUAG